AUGCCCAUUGGCCCAUCAGCGUACGCCGAGCCCCGAGGUAAGCCCCGCGCGCUGAGUACCUGGCACACCAUUGGCUCUCUCUCUGGCCAAUCGCCACAGCCUUCUCGAGCUCUCCAUUCCCUUAGUCCCUCCAACCCCGGGAGAUUUAAAGUGCACUUCGUGAGCAAUUAUCACUCUUUAGGAUAUUUCAUCUGCAGAAUCUGCUUCCCCAGAAAAGAAGUGUGUGAAGAGUCUUUGUUCUCUGGGAUUGAGAUGGUGAGUGUGGGAGUCAGCACAGAGCCCUGCCAUGCCAGGUGGGAGGUAGAGACAGAUGAAACUGUUCUACAGCGGCGGCAAAAACAGAUAGAUUAUGGCAAGUGCACACCUGGUUAUCAGUGUUUCCUGCAGCAGGUCCCCAAGGCCAAGCGACAGCCAGGACUUCACCCUCAAACACCAAACAAGAAGAGGAGAUACAGCCGUCGGUCCUGGGAUGCCCAGAUCAGGCAGUGGAGAAGAGCCCUACAUUCCUGGGACCCCCCCAGCCAGCCUCUGCAGGGCAGGGUGUCUGAGGGGCAGGGAAUGGAGGAACUCUUAGAGCCAAUGGGUUCCACCCCUUUGGAUGACCUCCUGAAUGACUGGUUCCAGGCCCUGGAACCCUCACCAAAUCCAGAUGGAGGCCAGAAGGGAGCCCAGUUUGCAGAUUCGGUGGCUCCUGCCUACUCCCUUCCCGGGCUCUGUGAGGAAGAACCCCACCACUGGUUCUACUUCCUAGCUCAUCACAGUUAAAUAUCUGUCCCAGAUUUGAGUAGGACACAAAAUAUUUAGAGAAAACAGAUGUCUUUCAAGGGACAUGUUGCUAAGUGUAAGAGUGAAGAUUACUUGCAUUUCUGCUACUUCCCAAUUAAAAAAUAAUCUUAAACUGCCCUACAAA